GAGGAGCUGCCGCUGCCCCUGGAGCACUUCCUGCAGAGGAUGGCCCGCAGACCCCGGCCCCAGCAGUUCUUCGGCCUCAUGGGCAAGCGGGAUGCCGGAUAUGGCCAGAUCAGUCACAAAAGAUCCUCUGAAAGGAGCAUAGCACAGAACUACGAACGGAGGCGUAAAUGA